GCGGCUCUUCUCCCGCGGUGUAGGCGCGGAGGCCACAGACCCUCGAGAGUCAGCUUCCGCAGCUCCGGUCUGGGAGCGCCAGCGUCCCCGGGCGCUCAGGUCUCAUCGGGUGCCCGUUCCCGCGCUUUGUGCCGAGGGCAUAUCCUUGGUGACCUCGGCCUGUCUCUUCCCGCUGGGCUCCGGGGGUUCCCGGCCUCUGAACCCACUACGGCUCUUCCUCUCCCCCAGUAGGGCCGCCGGGUCCUGCGCGGAGGCGGUGUGCGGUGGUGUGAGGUGGAACACGGCGCUCAGUGCACAUCUCUCGUGGUCUGAGAGCUUCGAGUCAAAGAGAACAGUGGACACUGACCCUCCUUCUUUUAGGAACCCGGAAUUUUCAAGAUGAAUUACACUGAGUCCAGCCCAUUGGCAGGAUCAACAGCAAUAGGUUUUACACCUGAGUUAGCAAGUAUUGUACCUGUGCCUUCCAAUGAGACCACUUGUGAAAACUGGAGAGAGAUACAUCAUCUAGUUUUUCAUGUAGCAAAUGUUUUUUUUGCAGUCGGAUUGAUUAUUCCAACUACCCUUCAGCUCCAUAUGAUACUUCUUAGGGGGAUGUUAGCUAUAGGAUGCUCCCUUUACAUCGUCUGGGCCACUCUCUACCGAUGUGCCUUGGAUGUCAUGGUCUGGAACGCCGUGUUCCUCAGCGUCAACACUUUGCAUCUUUCAUAUCUUUUGUACAAGAAGAGACCGGUAAAGAUUGAAAAGGAACUCAAUGGCAUCUACCGGCGAUUGUUUGAACCGCUCCGUGUGCCUCCAGAUUUGUUCAGAAGAUUAACUGGGCAGUUUUGUAUGAUUCAAACCUUGAAAAAGGGCCAGACUUAUGCUAUAGAGGAUAAAACCUCAGUUGAUGACCGCCUGAGUAUUCUCCUGAAGGGAAAAAUGAAGGUCUCCUAUAGAGGACAUUUUCUGCAUAACAUUUACCCCUGUGCCUUUAUAGAUUCUCCUGAAUUUAGAUCAACUCAGAUGCACAAAGGUGAAAAAUUCCAGGUCACCAUUGUUGCAGAUGAUAACUGCAGAUUUUUAUGCUGGUCAAGAGAAAGAUUAACUUACUUUCUGGAAUCUGAGCCUUUCCUAUAUGAAAUAUUUAGGUAUCUUAUAGGAAAAGACAUUACAAAUAAGCUCUACUCAUUGAAUGAUCCCACCUUAAAUGAUAAAAAGGCCAAGAAGUUGGAGCACCAGCUCAGCCUUUGCACACAGAUCUCCAUGCUGGAAAUGAGGAACAGCAUCGCCAGCUCCAGCGACAGCGAAGAUGGCUUACACCAGUUUCUUCGGGGCCCCUCCAGCGUGUCCUCUCUUCAUGUGCCAUCCCCCCACCAACGAGCCUCGGCCAAGAUGAAACCAAUAGAAGAAGGGGUGGAAGAUGACGACGAGGUCUUUGAGCCUGUGUCUCCAAAGACAUUUAAAGUCCAUGAGUUGCCUUGAUCGGAGAGAAGAGCCAAGUUACCAAGAGGGGGAAAAAAAAAAAAACAACUGUCUUGAAGAGAUCCUGGAAAAUACCAGCACUUUUUCACCACUUUUAGAUUAUUCUGCUUUAGGACAUCCAGACGGGUAGAGUGUGAGGGCAGAAGAGUGAGGGAGAGCCAAAAACAGAAAGGGUAUUUCAGCUCUCCUUUCUGUUGGUCAGCUUUCUGAGUGGCCGUUCUCCCGAGCCUUCUGAUGAAAACCAGCUCUAUUUUGAGAUAUGUAUUUUCACAGUAUUUUCUAGAUACACUAUCAUUUUAACUUUUAAAAUAUCUUAGUGUUCUGUCAAAUGCUUUCUCACUUAUUUUUCCAAGUUGUGGUUCCUCUUCCUCUCGGCGCCUUUUCACAAUAGUGUUGUGCAUUUUAUAGCGUUAACAAACAAUGUCAGUUUGAAAUCGAAAUUGAAGUAACAUUAAAAAGCAGGGAAUCUCA